GUGUAAAUUAAGAACGGAAACAAUAUAAAAAUGGCAAUCCAAAAGCCAGGCGAGUGGGCGAACUCACUUUUAGCCCGUUUCGAAGACCAGCUGCCCAAUAAAAUUGGUUUGCAUGGCACCCAAGCGCGCUUGAGUCAGGAUCAGCUGACCGCCUGUCUCAUACAAAUUUCUCGUUAUCGCUUCUCACUAGUUAUAUCUGGACUCACCAAAAUGCUGCAACGAGUUAAUGAAGCGUCUAUGCAAAGUCGUCACGACGCUGAGCGUUGUUAUUUUGAAUCACUAGUCAUAAUAUUAACAACUCUGGAGCGUUGUUUGGCUAAUCAGACAAAGGAUACGGCACGUUUUGAGGAAGCAAUGAAUGUUAAACUACUUUUACGCGAAAUUUCGCAAUUCAUCGAUGUACAGAGUGAUAAUAAUCCAAAUGCCGCGCAGUUGAAAGCUAUUGCGUCAAGAGUGCUUUUCGGACUGUCACAAAAUCAUUUUUCAGCUGUAUUUAAUCGCAUAUCAGCGCGCAUACAAGAGUUGAUCACGUGCUCAGAUGAGAAUCCCGACUGUUGUGACAUUGAAUUAAUACAACAUAUUGACAUGGACAUAAAUAAAUUAACCAAACUUUUGCAAGUGACCAAGUCAAGAUCGAAGAAGGCGCCGCCUUUGAUUUUGCUGCAUUCGUUAGAAAAAGCCAUUUGGAACUGGAUUGAAUACCAUCCACAUGAAUUUCAGGAUUUGCAACGCGGCAUUGCCACCAAAGAUAUUUCAAGCUGCUGGGAAACAUUGCUGGAAUUUGUGGAAGCAUAUAAAGCAGAAAAUAAGAAAAACAAGACAACCGUCUGGCCCUUACAAAUGCUAUUGCUUAUACUGAAUCCCAGCUGCUUAGAAGCCACCGUCAAUGAAUUGCAACAAUCUGAAAAGGAGAAGGAUAAGGAAAAAUACAGAGAUAAAGAUAAAACGUCAUUAACGCAAAAUUCUGUGCAAACUGCACGUGACAAAGAGCAAUCUGCUAAGCAAUUUAUUGAGGGUAUUAAACGUGGCUUGGGGCCACACUCACCCUCAAAGCAGGUCACCGAGUAUGCCGCUAUUGCUUGUGUAAAGCUAUGCAAAGCCUCAACAUAUGUCAAUAACAACGAUUCCAAUAAUGUGCUCUUCAAAUUAGUGCAGUAUGUCAUUAAUGAUUUGAAAGCUUUGCUCUUUAAUCCGGUCAAGCCAUUUUCGCGUGGUCAGGCGUACAAUUAUGCUGAUAUUGAGCUGAUGAUCGACUGUUGGGUUUCACUAUUUCGCAUAAAUCCACAUAAUAUCGACACAUUGAAAGUCUGUCUUAAUUUGUCUUCACCGCAAGCGUAUCACUUUGUAAUUGUCUGCUCUUUGUUGAGAUUAACACACAUACAUGUGGAUUUUCGUCUACAAAAUAAAAACUGUUUCCGCACCAUCCAUCAGCCAAUACUAUCUUGGUGGGCCAAAACCAAUGUUGUACACUAUCGUUCUGCAGAAUUGCGCGCACUCUUCACCGAUACCUUGAAUAAGGCCACUCAGGGUUAUAUUGCGCACACGCCACUGCGUAUGAUAACAUCGCUGACGCUGAAAUCGAAAGAUACGCAGAAAGGCUUGACGCGUUCCGAAGAGGGACCUGCACACAAAAUGCUGCUGCUCCUCUUGGUUCGMCUUAUACACGCUGACCCGAUGUUACUUUUAAAUACACAAGGUAAAGUGGCGCAUGAAAUGCAAAGUUCCUCGCUCGAGCUCAUCAAUGGUCUGGUGAGUCUCGUGCACCAACCCACCAUGCCCGAUGUAGCGCAGGAAGCUAUGGAGGCAUUACUAGCUUUACACUCAUACGAUAAAAUUGAAUUGUGGAAUCCACAGGCGCCAAUGAAUUGCUUUUGGGAUGUUAGUUCGCAAGUGCUUUUUUCGAUUUCGCAAAAACUUAUACAACACCAGAUUGCCAACUAUACGGAUGUGCUGAAAUGGAUGCGUGGCAUACUGAGUUGUCGCAAUGACUAUCUGCAGCGGCACAAGAAGUAYGCACUGGUCGGUCAUGAGCURCAGAUCUGUCGUCAGGCGCGCAUUAAACUGGAAGUGGUGUUCUUCAUGUAUCUGUGGUCAGUCGAUUUGGAUGCAGUGCUCACGUCACUCUCUUGCUUUGGCCUCUUAUGCCAAGAGUCGGAUAUUUUGUUGACGGCAGAUGAUUCGGCGACUGUSUUGCCUGUUGCGAACUAUCAAAUAUAUCAGGAGCUGACGCAAUUGGCAAGCUCGGAUACCCGUAUUUGUUUUUAUGAAACUAAUCAUGGCAAUGCUUACAACCGUCUGGCUCUACAACGACGUAUGAUGAAUUUGUUGCGCAAAAUCGAGCACUGUGUUGAUGGCGUACAAACAGCGUGGGAGGAAACCUUUAGAAAUUGGGAACUCACCAGCAAAGUCUUGCAAACAUAUCCCAAAUAUAAAAGUGACGAUGUGCAAGCCGAGCUCUUCCAUCGUGGCGUUGGCAAGCGUCGCGCGAGUCAUCAAAGUUCGGAACAUGAUUUAGAGGAGCACAUCACCGAGUGGGCCAACAUGACAUGGUUUCUGCUAACACUUGGCGGCGUGUGUCUGCAAAAGCGUUUGUCUUCACGUUGGAAGCAAAUGCAAUUACAAAAUAAUACCGCAACUGCUGGUUCCAGUAGCGGUAUGCCUGCGACGAGCAAUCUCCUGCAGUCGCACAACAGUUUGGCGCAAUCGCAGAACACUUUAGCAGCGUCCGGCAGUUUGACUUCGAUCUCCACGAUACCAGCUGUCUCGCUCUAUUCGCUCUACUCAUGUUCCACCAGUUCCGGACGUGGUUCUCUACUGCAUCCCAGCACCAUAUCAUUGACUACGAUAGUGCCGGUGCCGCAGCAAGAUUUACAAUACUGUCCGGUGUCACAAUUCAUCGGUCAGUUGUUGCGCUUGUUGGUGUGUAAUAAUGAAAAAAUCGGCUCGAAUAUACAGAAAAAUGUGAAAGAUUUAAUUUCGGAAGAAAUGACACCACAACUCUAUCCCAUAGUUUUCGAUCAAAUACGUUCGAUAGUYGAGAAAUUUUUCGAUCAGCAGGGACAAGUGAACGUCUCCGAAAUCAAUACCGCCUUCAUCGACCACAUUAUACACAUAAUGAUUUCGAUAUUGAGCCCACGACCCGUGAAGGAUCCGAACAAUGAGCAAGUCGCUGCUUCCGAGUACCUAAGCGUGACGAGCAUUGAAGGCAUGAUGCUGGGCAUUGUGCGUUAUAUGCGUCAUCGCGAAAUGACUGUGUCAGGGAUACGCGCCAAAGUGCGCGUUUGUAAUUUGGUAGAGAUAAUGAUAAAACGUCGCGACGAUUUGGCCUUUCGGCAAGAAAUGAAAUUUCGCAAUAAAUUAGUGGAGUACUUAAGCGAUUGGGUUAUGGGCACMUCACACCAAAUAGUACCGACAGCCAACGAACCGCCSCCAACAAAUCCCGCUGAAAUAUUCCGUGAACUCGAUAUAGCUUGUAUGGAAGCGGUUGCGGCGUUGCUACGUGGACUACCUUUGCAACCCGAGGAAUCCGACCGUGGCGAUUUGAUGGACGCGAAGAGCGCAUUAUUCCUCAAAUACUUUACGCUUUUCAUGAAUCUCCUAAACGACUGCAUUGAUAGCACUGAGGCUGAAAAAGAGUUAAAUAACCCACCGCUACUCCCACCGCAUCCGGCUGUUAAUGGCAGAUUGGGCAUGUUACGCUUUACCACCAUACAGGCGAUGUCAAAUUUGCUCGGCGCCAACAUCGACUCGGGUCUGAUGCAUUCCAUCGAUCUUGGCUACAAUCCCGAUUUACAAACACGCGCCGCCUUUAUGGAAGUGCUUACGCGCAUCUUGAAGCAAGGCACUGAAUUCGAUACGCUAGCCGAGACUGUGCUUGCAGAUCGAUUCGAGCAGUUGGUCCAAUUGGUUACAAUGAUUAGCGAUAAGGGUGAGCUGCCUAUAGCGAUGGCAUUGGCUAAUGUGGUGACCACUUCACAAAUGGAUGAAUUGGCACGUGUGCUGGUAACACUAUUCGAUGCCAAGCAUCUGCUCUCACCGCUCUUGUGGAAUAUGUUCUAUCGCGAAGUCGAAAUAUCCGAAUGCAUGUCGACACUCUUUCGCGGCAAUUCGCUUGGCAGUAAAAUAAUGGCAUUUUGCUUUAAAAUUUACGGUGCAAGCUAUUUGCAAAAUUUGUUAGAGCCGCUAAUACGACCUUUGCUCGAUGAUCAAACCACUAGCUAUGAGGUGGAUCCGGCUAGACUUGAGCCGGGUGAAGACUUGGAACGCAAUAAAGAGAACCUAAUAUCGCUCACCAGAGUCUUCUUUGAAGCGAUACUCAAUUCAGUGGAUCGUUUUCCCUCACAGUUGCGCUCAAUGUGUCACUGCCUCUAUCAGGUGUUGAGCAAACGCUUUCCCACCGUCUURCAAACCAAUAUUGGCGCAGUGGGCACUGURAUCUUUCUACGCUUUAUAAAUCCAGCUAUUGUCUCACCCCAAGAACUCGGCAUUGUUAAUCGCCAAGUGCCCGCCUCGGUGAAGCGUGGUCUUAUGUUGAUGUCGAAAAUCUUACAAAACAUCGCCAAUCACAUUGAGUUUUCUAAGGAGCAGCAUAUGGUGUCAUUUAAUGAUUUUCUACGCGCACGAUUUGAACAGGGUCGUCACUUUUUCGUACAAAUUGCCUCGGACUGCGAGACGGUGGACCAGGCUUCGCACAGCAUGAGCUUCAUCUCAGAUGCCAAUGUUUUGGCAUUACAUCGUUUGCUGUGGACGCAUCAGGAGCGCAUUGGCGACUAUCUCUCCAGCAGUCGUGAUCACAAAGCUGUAGGCAGGCGUCCUUUCGACAAAAUGGCCACAUUGCUGGCUUAUUUGGGGCCGCCAGAACAUAAACCAGUGGAUUCACACAUGAUGUUCUCAUCGUAUGCGCGUUGGAGCUCCAUUGACAUGUCAUCGAAUUACUUCGAAGAUAUUAUGGUGAAACAUCAAAUGCAUGAAAAGGAGGAGUUCAAAAGCAUAAAAUCCAUGAAUAUCUUCUAUCAAGCCGGCGCAAGUAAAGCGGGAUUACCCGUAUUCUACUACAUUGCCAGGCGUUACAAAAUCGGCGAAACGAAUGGCGACUUACUGCUGUAUCAUGUAAUACUCACGCUCAAAGCAUUAUGCCACUCACCUUUCGAAUUGCUCAUAGACUUCACRCACACUUGCUCGGAUAAUCGCUUUCGCACCGAAUUCUUGCAGAAAUGGUUUUGUGUGCUGCCAACCGUUACCUAUGACAAUUUAUACACCAUUUACAUUUACAACUGUAAUUCAUGGGUGCGUGAAUAUACAAAAUUCCAUGAACGCAUACUAGCGCCGAUAAAGAGUGAUCGCAAACUAGUGUUCAUCGAUUCGUCCAAUAAGCUCAAUGAAUACAUCGACACUGAACAACAGAAACUGCCAGGCGCCACAUUAUCGCUAGACGAAGAUCUCAAGGUAUUCAAUAAUGCGCUCAAGCUUAGCCAUAAAGAUACCAAAGUUGCUAUAAAAGUCGGUCCCACUGCAUUGCAAGUGACAGCAGUGGAGAAAACCAAAGUGCUGGGUCAUUCAGUACUGCUCAACGAUGUCUAUUAUGCCUCUGAGAUUGAGGAAGUUUGUCUAGUAGAUGAUAAUCAAUUUACGCUCUCUAUAACGAAUGAAAGYGGWCAGCUUWSMUUUAUACACAACGAUUGUGAUACCAUUGUACAGGCUAUCAUACAUAUACGUAAUCGUUGGGAGUUAAGUCAACCGGAAUCGGUGACGGUGCACCAGAAAAUACGUCCGAAAGAUGUGCCCGGUACACUUUUAAAUAUGGCACUACUUAAUCUAGGCACCUCAGAUCCCACCUUACGUUUAGCUGCGUAUAAUUUACUCUGCUCGCUCACCUGCUCCUUUGAUUUGAAAAUCGAAGGUCAACUAUUGGAGGCACACGGUUUGUGUAUACCAUCGAACAACACAAUUUUCAUUAAAUCCAUCAGCGAGAAAUUGGCCACCAAUGAACCGCAUUUAACGCUCGAAUUUCUAGAGGAAUGCAUACAGGGUUUCCAGCGCAGCACAAUUGAGUUGAAGCAUUUAUGCUUGGAAUAUAUGACGCCGUGGCUGAAUAACCUACUGAAAUUUUGCAAAUCAAACGAUGACGCCAAAAAGCUAAAGGUCGCACAGAUCUUAGAUAAAUUGAUUUGUCUUACAAUCGAACAGAAGGAGAUGUAUCCAUCGGUGCAGGCGAAAAUUUGGGGCUCAAUUGGUCGCAUACCCGAUCUCAUCGAUAUGGUGUUGGAUAAUUUUCUACACAAAUCGAUUACUUACGGUUUGGGUUCGCCGCACGUGGAGAUUAUGGCCGACACGGCUGUGGCGCUCGCCUCGGCCAAUGUGCUGUUGGUGUCGAAGAAGAUCAUAACGCGCAUGUGCCGCGUCUUGGAUAAGACCUGCACCAAUCCCACACAGUUUCUGGAGCAGCAUAUGAUGUGGGAUGAUAUUGCAAUACUGACGCGUUUUCUGCUCAUGUUGUCCUUCAAUAACUGCCUUGAUGUCGUAACACAUUUGCCAUAUCUAUUUCAUAUUAUCACGUUUUUGAUCUGCUCCGGUUCGGUGACAAUGCGCGCCUCCAUACACGGUCUCGUCGUCAACAUCAUACACUCGCUAACAACUUGCACUAAACCGACUUUCUCAGACAAUGCAAAGCGCGUGCUCCGGCUGGCWCUCGAAGAAUUCUCACUCUACAAAUUCUAYGCGCUCUUCGGUAUCAGCAAAGUCAAAUCGGCCGCUGUAACAGCCUUCCGCUCGAGCUAUCGUCAUCCAUCCGACAGAUGGUUGGGCAAUGAGCGCGUCUGUCAAAUGUUACCAGCCGAUGUGGAGCGCAUCACAUUGCCCUCAUUAGAAGAGGUGGUCGAUUCGCUGUCGGAGAUCAUGUCGGUCUGCAUGCCCGAUGUGCCGGAUUGCCAAUGGCUGGAGACAUGGACGACRUUGUCGCGCAGUUUCGCCUUCUGUUACAAUCCUGCAUUGGAACCACGUGCGCUCAUAGUUUACGGUUGCAUUAGUAAAAGCAUAACCGAUCAGGAAGUGAAACAACUUCUGCGCAUUUUAGUAAAAGCACUGGAAUCAUUCAACGACAUCACAUUAAUCGAGGCGAUCGUUUUAUGUUUGACGCGCAUACAACCCCUACUGAGACCUGAAUCGCCAAUACAUCGCGCCCUCUUCUGGGUUGCUAUCUCCGUGCUGCAGUUGGACGAAGUAUCGUUGUAUGAUGCCGGUUUGGCGUUUCUCGAACAAAAUCUGCAUACGCUGGAACGUCAGGGUUGCUUCGAUCACGAGAGCAUAGCCGAUGUCAUGAUGCGUACACGCGAAAAACUGGAGUGGCACUUCAAGCAACUCGAUCAUGCAGUAGGCUUAUCGUUUCGCAGCAAUUUCCACUUUGCACUCGUCGGUCACUUACUAAAAGGCUUUCGUCAUCCCACACCUUCGACUGUCUUUCGCACAUCCCGCAUACUCGGCACGCUGCUGAGUCUCGUCGCSAAACCUUUUCAUCGUGACAAAUUCGAAGUGACACCUGACAGCGUUGCCUAUUUGACGGCUUUGGUAGCCGUUUCCGAGGAAGUGCGCUCACGCUGCCACGUCAAACAUGCCAUACCACGAUGGACCACCGAUUUGAGCAUUAUGGAAAAUGGCGAAACGAUCUUCUAUGGCAAUCAGAAUGCGCUCGGCAUGUCGCUGCCACGUCGGCAAAAGUCCUGGGAUAUGCUUGAUCAGUCCGCUUUACAGUUUGCGCGUCAUCACAAAGGACCUGCACAUCAGGAGCGUGGUUCGCGUUCAUCUGUUUCCAAUGAGUCCAAUGUGCUAUUGGAUCCCGAAGUGCUCUCCGAUUUGUCCACGCAAGCGCUGGUAUUAACGGUUUUGGCCACAUUAGUGAAAUAUUCGACAGACGAGAAUGAGACGCGCGUGCUCUAUCAGUACCUGGCCGAGGGUUCGGUCGUAUUCCCCAAGGUGUUYCCAGUCAUACACUCGCUGCUGGACCAGAAGAUUAACAAUAUACUUUCAGUCUCACACGACCAAGUCGUGCUGAAUUCAGUACAAAGCAUCAUACAAAAUAUGCUCGCCAGCGAGGAUCCCUCACAACAGCAACUGCAUUUCCUGCAAAGUUGCGGCUUUGGUGGCCUYUGGCGGUUCGCUGGUCCCUUUACAAAGUACACCAUGAUGGGCGAAUCUUCGGAAUUAUUUGUGAAUUGUUUGGAGGCUAUGGUUGAGACAUGCCURCCAGGUGAUGAGACUGUGCCGGUGCCGCCAUCACCACGUCCAUACAAUUUGAGUUCAAGCCUCAGCAGUCUAACUUUAGGUUCACCAACUGAUAAAGCUGCAUGAAUAACAACCAGCCAACGURGCCGACAUCCGACAUUAUUCGCGCGAGUCUUUCGUUUUCUAAAUUUCUUCAAAAAAUGUUUUUAAAACCUGAAAAGUUUUACCACACAGCAAAGGAAUGAACCUAAGCAGCCAACACAAAUGUAAGAAAAGGGGAUGUACAAAGUAAGUCCAGAUUUUAAUUUUAUGAACAAGUGAAAGAACGGGUAAAAACAUGUAGAAGACAUAAAUGAAGAAUUCUGCAAUACUUAUGUACAGCAGGGAUUGGGACAAGUAUAAGUAUGCCGAGAACAAGGACCCACAGUGGCAUUUACAUCAGAUAUGUAUAUGUAUGUGCGUAACUGUGUUGAAAGUUUGAUUUUAGCUUAAAUGUAGGGUUAAAGUAGAAAACUUUUGACCGGCAAACGAAGAAAUUGAACAACUUAACCACCAGCAUCGAAUUUAGCUGUAAUACAAAACAACAAAAGUGAAAGCAAAAACAAACUAAAAGUAAAAGUAAAACCAAAAACAAUAAGUAAAAAUAUUAAUAACAGUACAAGUACACAUGCAUAACACUCACCAGCAAAUGUGUGCACGUGUGUCUGUGUGUGAGAAGAAUAAUAACCAAAAAUAAUUCAAAAACAAAAAAAAAGAAAGAAAGCAUAUUUUAUAAUAUGUGUGUGUGUAGUAAGUGCGCUUGUAUGUGUGCGUCGCCAUGUGUMAUGCUUUGAGUGUAUCAAACGCUAUGUUUUUGUUUUUGUUAUACAUAUAUUUAACUUGUAAGCUUUUAAAGUUACUAAUUGAAAUUACUUAAGUGUAAAAAAUCAUCCAUGUGGUCUUACWAAUGCACACUAACCUAACACAUAAGCACGACUAGACGCCAUCAAUUUAUCACGUUUUAUAGGAAAUUAGACAAAAAGUAAACGAAAAUUAAAAAAAAAAAUCCAACUGGAAGUAUUGUAUAGUAUAUCUGGAAGCAUGCUUGUAAAAUUUGUAAGUUUUGACUUGACAGUUAAGAAACUAACAGAGUCAAAGAGCGAGAACCGAGACGCGGGAGAGAUUUUAGUUUUUUACAGAGCUCCGGGUCCGCCUGAAAACUAAGAGUUCAAGAGAAAUUGUACCCACCCCCACCUGCUCUCCUUUACUGAUUCCUUUAAUUCCUUUUCCUUUAAUGGAUCUGUCUGACCGUUUUAAACGGUGAUCCAUUUCAAGGUUUCCUUUUUCGUUA